UAUUAUUUUGUUCCGGAAAAAUAAUUAAUUCCGGAAAGUUUCUUUCUCUUCCUUCCUUAUUCCCUUCUUUAUUCCUCUUUUUUCAUUCAAUCAUUUUUCGCGCGGUCUUUUUCUCCCACGCCUAUUUUUAUUAAUUGAUUGAUGUUCUUUAAAUAAAUUUUCUCUUUUCUUUUUUUACGUUUUUAAAUUUUUUAGCAAAAAAUUUUUUCUUCAAAUGGAAGGAAAGAAAAUUUAUAAAUAUUUGCCUGAAAAUACUAAAAGAUGGCAUUUAUUCACUUUCUCUGCCUUCGUAAUUUCUUUAAUUAUUUUUGUGAUUUCCUUUGCAACUUUUAUUUUUCUUCAAACAAUGAUUGAAUUUAAUAUUAGACAGACAUCUAAUUUGGAUACAGGGACAAUAUUGCUCGAUAAAUGGUCAAACCCUCAAUAUUUUUAUCGCUCAAAUAUGUACACAUUCUCAGUUAAAAACCCUGAUGAAGUCACUAAAGGUUCAAUUCCAAAUGUAACAAAACUAGGCCCUUAUGUCUUUGAUCAAACACAAAAACGAAGAAUUCACUCAAGGGGGAAUGGAUCUGUUAUUUAUGAGACAUUUCAAUACUACAAGUUUAAUGAAGAAGCUUCCUGUAAAGAAUGUUCACUCUACAACAGAAUAUGGAUACCUAAUUUGGUUUAUCAAAAGUUUGUUGACGCGGCAUCAAAACCGGCUAUGAGGGUAAAAACUAAUAUAAUCGGGGGCUGGAAAUAUAUAAUCCCGGCAAUAGCAGCUUUACUUGUCCAAACUCCUUUCUUGGAAGUUGAAGUUGGGGAACUAAUAUUUGACGGAUAUGCCGACCCUUUUAUUGAUCAAGUUUGUUCAUUGCCGUUUGUUAAUUUUGUUUGUGAACAAAUACUUGAAUUGCCUGACAGAAUUGGGCUUUUUUAUAAGAAAAAUGGUACGUCAACCGGUGUUUUUGAAGUGGAAGAUGGACACAAAGAUAAUGGAGAGAGUUUGGGAAGAAUAAUUACAUGGAACAACGGGACAUCUUUGCCUGAAAGUUGGUGGGAAUCGCCACAAUCACUUCGAAUUGAAGGAACCGAUGGAACUUUAAUGCCUCCAUAUGUAAGCAAAACUGAUGUAAUACCAGUUUUUGUAGCUGAAUUAACAAUCGAUUUGGUUUUUCAAAAGGAAGUUGAAUAUGCUGGAGUACCUCUCUAUCGUUUUAUAAUGCCAAAAGAUGCAUGGGAUUGGAAUUUGCCGUCAAAUAAGGGAUUUUGUAAAUCAAAAACAGGAAAGAGAAUAUUUAAAGAACAAAAUUCUGAUUGUUUACCUGUUGGAAUGUUGGAUGUUAGUAGAUGUCAAAUUGGAGAACCUCCAAUUGUUAUUUCUCAACCAAAUUUUCUUUAUUCUCCAAAUUAUGUUCAACAAUCUAUUGAAGGCAUUCAAUUCCCUCCAAUUCAAGAACGUGACCAAAUUGAGAUUGAUGUAGAACCUAGAUUAGGUACAAUAAUUCAAGCACAUCGAAGAUUUUUGAUAAGUAUAUCUAUGUGGAAAGGAGCUAAUCUUUCUUUGAGUGAACUUGUCAAUUUUCGCAGCAGCGUAGUUCCUGUGCUUGAAAUUGAUGAAUAUAUUCAUGUGGAUGAUGACAGUCUCGAUUUGAUAAAAACAAAACUUCUUUUGGUAGAAAAAUCAGCUCAAGUUGGUUCAAUUUGUUUUAUGGCUAUUUCUUUAAUGGUGAUAUCUGCUGUUUUGGCUUUUGUUUUUUACAGGAAAUGCCGUCGUAGCAGAUCCACUAAAAGGCAUCUUUCAAAUGGACGUGCCAUUAUUUCCCCAACUCCGUUAGCUAUUCCAAAUGGCCAUCAAUCAUUUGUCCAAUCUAGUUUUUGACGUUUUCUAAGUAUUUAUUUUUUAAUUGUCUUGUUUCAUUUGUCUUGUCGCUCAAAAAAAUAGACUUUUAGUUUUUUUAGAUCUUAUUUAAAAAACAGCAAAUUAGUGGAGGGUUGGGUGUCGGUAUAGUACGUGGGACCCGAGACCUAGAUUCGAAAUAUAAGGCGAUCAAUUCCUCUCGAGGAGCUGAGUUCCUUUUUUCUGGAAGACGAAAACUCACAGAGAUGUAGGCUCCUGAAAAUUGAAAAACCAUAAUUUUAGGAGUGAAAAAUUCAAUUAAAUCACCGUGAUCUGACUUGGUAGGGCUGACAAUGAGUUGCAGGC